AUCUCGGUAUAUUUCCGAGGGUCUGUUGGUAUAACUCCGCGGUCACACUGACACAUACAACCUACAAAUUCAGAUAGUUCUGGAAUUUAUAGUUUUAAUUAAUAAUAAAAGAAAGUUUAACAUAAGUGAAGCAGUCAAUAUGUCAGACUGGGAUUCUGUUACAGUUCUGCGGAAGAAGGCUCCAAAAUCGUCUACCCUGAAAACUGAGUCGGCGGUCAAUCAGGCUCGCCGCCAAGGUGUUGCCGUGGACACCCAACAAAAAUAUGGUGCUGGCACCAACAAGCAGCAUGUGACCACCAAGAACACUGCCAAGCUAGACCGCGAGACUGAAGAAUUGCGCCACGACAAGAUACCGCUUGAUGUGGGCAAGAUCAUUCAACAGGGACGUCAGAACAAGGGUCUCAGCCAGAAGGACUUGGCCACUAAAAUUUGUGAGAAGCAGCAGGUUAUAACUGACUACGAGGCCGGACGCGGCAUUCCUAACAACUUGAUACUCGGAAAAAUGGAGCGGGUGCUUGGCAUCAAGCUGCGCGGCAAGGAGCGUGGCCAACCAAUAGCGCCUCCCGGUAAAAAGUGAGACGACGCUGCAGCGUCCUCUGCUUGUGGCGCUCCACCAUCGAACACCUCAACACGCAACAAUGCCAACGCCAGACAGCAGCAGCAGUCGCAGCAACACCAACAGCAGCAGCUGCAGCACCAGCAACACCAGGAGCCUGGCUGGAGCACCGUGAGCAGAAGACGCAAAUGAAGCCUUAUCGGGAGGCUCUUCACCAAAUCAAAUUCGGGUUAACCAAACCAAGCAGCCCAAGACAGACAGACAAGCGCAACCAAUCCUCCAAUCCUUUAUCUAUGAGCGCCAUAGUUUUUGAAUAUUCUUUUGAUUGAAGCCAAAAACCAAAUCAAUCGCCGCGUUUCGCACACACACACACACACACGCAAACACAUUCAUACAAUGUCUUUUCCUACUAUUUGCAUGCACUAUUUGCCUUUUUAUUUUUUUUCUGAUAAAUUAAAUAUUGUAAUUUUUAAAAAUACAAAUCACAAGCACAGCCUCGCUCAAGCCCCCCGGAGACAGAGAGAGAGAGACACUAAACGCGAAACGCAA